AUGACAUGUGAGGAAUUGGCCAUUUUUAUGUCCUAUAAAAGCAUCAAUGAGAGGUCUUUAUUAAACAACUACAUCCAACACUCCACAUGGCCCAGUGCACAAGCUCAACCAAUAGCUCACUAAAUGAGGUCCUUAUCAAGGUCAAUGAUGAUGCACCUCAUUGUCCUUCACCAACACAAUGUUACCGUGCACCCCUUGAUCAAGUAGCACGGAGGAAGCGCGGUCCCGAAAAAGACUACGACUGGUUCUCCGAAGACGAUUUCAAUAUCGACUGCGUCAUUGAAGAAACGAGCCACGUAACGAGAAACCGAUGUAUAAGGAUCAUUCAAAGAGUAUUGCUUCUAUUACUUUUAGCUUCAAUCGUAUGCACACUUUCGAUUUCGCGUUUGAAAGUGCUAGAAAUGUGGGAUGUCCCGGUAUGGAAAUGGGAGUUACUCGUCUUGGCGAUUAUAUGCGGGCGGUUAAUCGCUGAUCGCAUUGUACGAGUGAUUGUCUCGCUAGUCGAGGCCAAUUUUCAUUUGAGGAUAGGUGUUUUGUAUGUCGUGUACGGGAUAAGGAAAUCGAUCCGGAAUGUCAUUUGGUUGAGUUUAGUCGCGAUGGCAUCGCAUUUCAUCGUUGCGCGCAUAAAUGAUAUUCCUCCGGUUUUAAAGAAAGUUAUGGUAUGUUUACUCGUUGGCGCGCUUAUAUGGCUUUUAAAGACUAUCAUAGUUAAGGCUCUUGCGGCUUCUUUCCAUUUGAUAGCGUUCUUUCGAAGGAUUAGAGUGUCAUUAUACAAGCAAUAUGUGAUGAAAAAGCUCGCCGGGGAUCUAGUUAAGGGGAGAAACCGAGAGGAAACGUGCAAUAAGUUAUCUAGUCGGGUGCUUGGGAAGAAGAAAGUAAUCGCGCUAAAAGUGAGACGGAUGAUAGAGAUUGUACAAACGGGAGAUCUACCAUGCUUGUCUACGGUGUACGAGGAUCUACCCGUUCGUGCGGAUGAGGAGGAAGAGGACGAGUAUUCAUUACGUACCCGACACGAAGAUAUAAGACAUCUUGCUCGUGAAAUUUUCCGAAGCGUGGCUCAACAAUCCAGGUAUAUCACUAUAGAAGAUUUGAAGCAUCGGUUGGGCGAAGAAAAAGUUUCCAAAGCCGAAGAACUAUUCGCGGGAUCAAUGUGUAAAGUAAAAAUAACCGAGCACGGUUUCACUCAUUGGAUGAUGGGAGCAUAUGAAGAAAGGAGGACUCUAGCGUUAUCCGUCAACGAUACAAAAACAGCAGUGGAUGAUCUCCAUCGUAUAAUGGACGCAAUUGUGUGUAUUAUGAUCGGGAUCAUCUGGCUUAUAAUAUGUGGCGUGCCGGUUACUCAGUUCUUGAUAUUUGUCACGACCCAACUUGCUAUAGGGGCAUAUGUGAUUGGUAACACCGGCAAGGGAGUACUUGAGUCUAUCGUAUUUUUAUUUCUUAUGCAUCCUUACGAUGUUGGUGAUCGUUGUGAAGUGGAUGGCACACAGCUAAUAGUAGACGAGAUGAGUAUUCUUACCACCGUCUUCAUGAGACAUGACAACCAGAAAAUUAUGUACCCAAACAGCGUAUUAGCUACCAAACCGAUUGGUAAUUUCAGUCGUAGUCCUGCAAUGGGAGAUGAGAUUGCAUUCUCUAUCAACAUUACUACACCGGAAAACAAGAUCAGGGAAAUGAAAAAAAGGAUCAAAGAGUAUGUUGACAAAAAGAGCGAUUUCUGGUUCGAUGACCCAAAAAUAAUUGUAAAAGGCGUAGAGGAGAUGAAUACGCUAAACAUGGUGGUAUGGCCUAAACAUGUGGUAAACCAUCACGAUAUGUCACGACGAUGGGAAAGGAGAAGCGAGUUGAUUUUAGAGAUGGUAAGGGUGUUUAGAGAUCUUGACAUUGAUUACAAAUUGCCUGCUCUCAACAUUAAUGUCAAUAACAUUGGAGGAAUGCCUAAAUUUUGAUUGGGAUACAUGUUACUUGUUAGUGUGUGAUUAAAUGACACCCUAUAAUAUAAUAGGUUUUUUUAUGUGAA